UGUCCUGUUCAGCAAUCCUCUUUUUCAUUUCCAAUAUGAAGAUCGGAGUGUGGAGAAGUCUCCUCCAUCUGACAAUAGUUUGUCAAAUGGCUUUAUCAUCUUUGGCAGCUGAAGAGAUCAGACUGGUCAAUGGCUCUAGUCGCUGUUCAGGGAGAGUCGAGGUUCUUUACGAGGGCCAGUGGGGAAGAGUGUGUGGUCAGAACUGGGACAUCAAUGACGCCAAUGUGGUUUGUGUCCAGCUGGGAUGUGGGAGGGCUAAAAGUGUCCUAGAUAGUGCCCAAUUAGGACACAGGGGUGGUGGUGGGACUACAUGGCUGGAUAAUGUUGGGUGUCGAGGUAAUGAGAGUUACCUCACAGAAUGUUCACAUGGAGGGUUGAAACACCAAGACUGUUUUCAGGCUAAAGAUGCUAUAGCUGUCUGCUCAGGUAAGAAAACUCCCUGUAGAUUAGUUAAACCAAGCAUCCGACUGGUUAAUGGGACAGACCUCUGCUCUGGGAGGGUGGAGGUCUAUCAAGCUGGCCAGUGGAAAACUGUGUGUGGAGACACAUGGAACCUGCAAUAUGUUAACGUUGUGUGUAGACAGCUGGGUUGUGGAAAAGCGCUGUGGGCCCCAGAGAAGGCCUACUUUGGUCAGGGCAGUGGGCCCAUCUGGCAGCAGGAUGUUGCCUGCUCUGACAGUUUGGUCUUGCAGAAGCCUUCCCUCUCCAUAGACCCGUCCUAUUCUGACAUCUUACAUGGAGAGCAGGUCCAACUCACCUGCAAUCUCCCAACCCUCAUCCCAUGUAAUGCUGUAGAAUUCAUCUUCAACCUGAAUGGAGACUCUGUCAUGAAUGUGACCAUUGGAUCCUCACAGUCCAGAGUUAUGUUAACCCAGUUUAAAAUGGAUGCUUCACAUCAGGGCAGAUACAGCUGUCUCUACAGAACCACCUCUAAUGGCCAGGCCGUCAGCUCCCCUUACAGUAACUCAACUGAAGUGCACCUUCUACAUCCGAAAAUCUCCCUCACUGCUCCAAAUGGAUGGAUGUUCUGGGGAUCUAAGGGGUCAGAGGUCACCAGGGGCCACAGCUUCUCCAUAACCUGCUCCAUUCAGCCACGGUAUCCUGGAGGUCUCUUCCAUCUGGACUUCUCUGGCUCCAACAGGACUGAGACUAAGCAAGCAGUCAACCACUCUGCCUCCUUUCACUUCCCUGUUGCAGGGUAUAAACAUGAGGGGAACUACAGAUGUAGCUAUGAAGUCAACGUUUCCACUUGGGCAUUAGGGUCAGCUAAGAGUAAUCUGACUGUCACCAUGAGAGCAUCCAUGGUCCCCUUCAUUGCCUCUGGAGGGACUGGUGUGCUGAUACUGCUGUCACUGUUUCUGGUUGUCCUCUAUCUAGUCAGGAGGAGGACAAGGGGGAGCAGGAAUCAAUCUGCAGAGACAAAUCAGAGAGAAUGUAUCAAUAACAGAUAUGACAGAGUGGCAGAAGAAGAAAAAGGAGACUAUGCGAAUGUUGAAAAUGUCCUUUACCAGAGUGGCCCUGAGAAAGUGAAUGAUGGUGUUAAAGGAGUUCUACCUGGGUUCAGUGGUACUAUUAACAGCAAUGAUGAUGAAGAUGAUGAUCAUGAUUACAUUAAUGUCUCCACUCAGGAUAGUGCUCAAGACACGAAUAAGUUCAUUUAUGAAAACUGUUAGGAAACGUAAUAGCAGACUGACUGUUUCUUCUGACUCAAUCACAUGGAUUUGGUCCUUUUUAUGAACAACAUUUGCAAACAAUUUUGCCAACAAGUAUUUUGCCAACAAGUAUCUUGUCUCGCCGAUUUUGCAGGUUCAGAGUAUUAUUUGUGCGCACAAAAAAGGAGCGCGUCUGACAUGUCUGUUCAUGAACUCAAAGCAUUCAUUGUGCUCUUGUACAGUGGGGAGAACAAGUAUUUGAUCCAGCAAAAUCGGCAGUG